CAAAUUUUCAAAACCCUAACAAACAACCCCAAGAAGAAAAAGCUAGCUUGUUGGGUGAACCCUAACAUCAAAUGGGUUCAUCAAAGUUUACAGCUUUCUUCUUCGUCUGCAUGUUUUUGAUGCUAAUUUCAUUGCCACCGAUUUAUGCUUGUGGCUCUUGCACUCAACCACAUCCACCACCACACUACCACCCGCCGUCUCACCCGACCCACCCAAAACCACCACACCAUGGAGGAGGACCUAAUAAACCUCCAGGAAUACUACCUCCUAUAGUAAACCCACCUCCUUCUACAACCUACCCACCUUACACUCCAGGCCCUCCUUCCGGUGGUGGUGGUGGAGGCGGUGGUGGUGGAGGAGGAGGUGGCGGAGGCGGUGGAGGAGGAGGAGGAGGAGGAAGUGUUCCGGGGAUUCCUCCACCUGCUGCUCCGACAACAUGUCCAAUUGAUGCCCUAAAGCUUGGAGCUUGUGUUGAUUUGCUUGGAGGGUUGGUGCAUAUUGGGAUUGGAGAUCCAGUCAAGAAUGUUUGUUGUCCAGUGAUUCAAGGGUUGCUUGAGCUUGAAGCAGCCAUUUGUCUUUGCACUGCUUUGAGGAUUAAGUUGCUUAACCUUAAUAUCUUCAUUCCUCUUGCCCUUCAAGUCCUAAUUACUUGUGACAAGAAUCCUCCUCCCAAUUUUGUAUGCCCUCCUCUUUGAGUGAUAUCCAUAUGUGUGCUUCAUUAAUGUGUGAGCUGAGUAGAGAUUUGCUGAGUUAAUUAGAUGGCGUGUUAGGGUUUUGUUUAUGUUGGUGAGUUUUGAAUUAGGGUUUUGUGCUGUGUUUGCAAUUUCAAUAAGGAUAUUGUGUUUUACAUUGAGGAAGAAGAUCAAGUUUCAUGCAAA